AGCCCUGCUACAAAGUAACACAACAUAUACUAUCCACACUGUACUGGACCUGGGCCAUUGUGUCAUAUAGUAGCUGACAGAUCUCCAUAUAUAAUGAAAAUAGACAUUCACAGCCAUAUACUUCCCCGAGAAUGGCCGGAUCUCAAACAGAAAUACGGUUAUGGUGGAUGGAUCCAGAUGCAACAGACCAGCAAGGAUGAGGCGAGAAUGAUGAAGGAUGGAAAUGUUUUCCGGGUGGUUCAAUCCAACUGCUGGAAUCCUGAAGUUAGAUUAAAAGAGAUGGAUGAGUCAGGCGUAACAGUGCAGGUGCUCUCUACGGUGCCAGUAAUGUUCAGUUAUUGGGCCAAGCCCCAGGACACCCUGGAUCUGUCCCAGUUCCUCAAUGAUGACUUGGCAGCUGUGGUUCGGAAGUAUCCAAAGAGAUUUGUAGGGCUAGGGACACUCCCUAUGCAGAGUCCAGAACUGGCAGUACAGGAGAUGCACCGCUGUGUGAAAGAACUGGGAUUCCCUGGGGUACAGAUUGGAUCCCAUAUCAAUCAGUGGGACCUGAAUUCGCCUGAACUGUAUCCCAUUUAUGCGGCGGCUGAAGAAUUAAACUGCUCCAUAUUUGUGCACCCUUGGGACAUGUCCCUGGAUGGGAGGAUGGCAAAGUACUGGCUUCCAUGGCUGGUAGGCAUGCCAGCGGAAACAACCACCGCCAUUUGCAAUAUGAUUAUGGGUGGAAUAUUCGAGAAGUUCUCCAAACUUAAAGUUUGCUUUGCUCAUGGAGGUGGAGCCUUUCCCUUCACUGUUGGUCGCGUUAACCAUGGAUUUAAUGUGCGUCCUGAUCUCUGUGCUGUUGAUAAUAAGGAACCUCCUCAAAACUACCUUGGAUCGUUCUAUACGGACUCCCUGGUACAUGACCCCAGAGCCUUACAACUCCUGAUAGAUGUGAUUGGAAAGGAAAAAGUGAUGUUAGGAACUGACUAUCCUUUUCCGUUAGGAGAGCAUAAUCCUGGACUCCUUAUUGAAUCGAUGGAAAGUUUUGACAUGAAUUUAAAAGACAAGCUCUUGGCUGCCAACGCAUUGUCAUUCCUGGGACUGGACAGAACAAACUUUGAAUGACCUCAACCAUCUAAGAAUGUUGAUCUCUUUAGAUCCUGCGAUAGCACAUUGUUUGCACGUGGUGAAUAGUUUUAUUUGACAUAACUCUAGAUUUUUCACCAGGUGAAUGUUUGACAACUGAGGGCGUGAACCUGGAUGGAAUGCGUCCCGGGGCUUAGGUGCCCUUAUAAAAAGAUCAGUUCUCAUCUGUAUUGUGUAAACAGCCUCGGCCGUGAAACUGGAAUUGACAAUGAGCCGGGGACAUUGAUUGCUGCUUUUGUCACAAUUGUUUCUUUCCUGAAAUGAACUUUUCAGGAACGUUUCUGUGAACUGUCUAGAAACAUGUUUAUUAUUGUGCACAC